AUGCCAGAGAAAAAGUCUGAGUCUGUAGAUCAAAAGCAUGAUCAAGAUAACCAAGAACACAACAAGUCUGAAGCUCAGAUUGAAGCAUCAUUACCACAAGAUAGAUUUACCAGAAUCCCUUUUCCUCAACGUUUGAGAAAGAAUAAGCUUGACCAACAGUUUGCUAAAUUCUUGGAUGUAUUCAAGAAGCUUCACAUUAAUAUCCCAUUUGCUGAAGCUCUUGAACAAAUGCCUGCUAAAUUCUUGGAUGUAUUCAAGAAGCUUCACAUUAAUAUCCCAUUUGUUAAAGCUCUUGAACAAAUGCCGAGCUAUGUGAAGUUUAUGAAAGAAAUUCUUUCAAACAAAAGGAAGAUUAAGGAUUAUGAGAGGGUCACACUUACUGAAGAGUGUAGUACAAUCUUACAAAAGAAGUUGCCACCCAAACUCAAGGAUUCGGGUAGUUUCACCAUCCCAUGCUCGAUUGGGAAUGUGGUGUUUGAGAGGGCAUUAUGUGAUUUGGGAGCAAGUAUCAAUUUAAUGCCCUUAUCAAUCUUCAAGAAGCUUAACUAG